UUUUUCUAAUAAUUAUUUCGUGGUAUUUUAUGAAUUUAUCAUUUGUCAACGGAUUGUUUGCAUAUGUGUAAUUUCUAACUGUUCCUAUCAUGUCUUCCCAUUUUUCCUUUUUUAUAUAGAUUGAAGUAGAAUGAUAUCUGAAUUUUUUUUUUUUAAAUAAAAAAAGAGCAAUAUGGGUAAAUAACAACAAUAGAGAGAAGCUAAGGGAGAAUUUGUUAGGUUUUUGCAGUGGAGCCAAUAUAUUGCAAAUUCAAGGUCCCCAGUGUUGUUAUGAUUUUAGCUAAUAAGCUGUUGAAUUUUGAUGUUAAACUUGGUGGUGUUGGGGGGUCUCUUUCUUGUUUAUAAUAGCAGCUGCAGAACAAAGAAACCGAUAAUAAAAGAAACAAUAUUAGGAAAAAAUAUACGUGGGAAGUAGGGUGGUGCCCAAUGGGUUGUUUUAGUGAAAAUCUUAGGCCUAGGAUUUUAUGAGGCUGUGAUUGCAAUACCUUGGAUUAUGUGGAAUGGGUUUGAUAACUGUGUGUUGAGUCUCUUGGUUAUAUGCCAAGUUGAAUUGAGUUAUAUAACGAUUACGAGAAGCUCUAAAGGCCAGUUUGGAUUGAGGGGCAGGGAGGGGGAGCAGAGAGAAGUAGAGUAGAGUUGGUCGAAAACGGAACCGAUUUCUGACCAACUCAACUAUUCUCUACUUCCCUCUGCUCCCCCUCAAUCCAAACUGGCCAUAAUUGUAAUUUGACUAGUCCUUUUGGGUAUAAUGUAGAUGUGCUUGACAGUGAUUGCAAUGAGAAACUUAACUAGAAUGUUCAAUAGUACAGCAUUUGUGUAUCAUUGAAUAAUUCCUACACUUGUGAAAUUCUUAAGCACUAAAGAAACAUUGUCCUGGGGAUAAUUUUUGAGUUUGUCAACCCUGUCAUAGGCAUCCUUUUCUUCCACCUUGAUCUAAGAUUUUGUGCCUUUUACUGCUGCAGAAAUGUAAUGUUUGAGGAUGGAUUUAUAGCUUUGACUUCUACAGUAGCUGCUUAUGGAGCAUUUGAUGCAAACGUACAUGACCAUUGUGGCUGAGAAGGAUGUUGCUGUCCAAGAACGUGAUACGGCUAUCCAAGAACUAAAAAUUGUGCUUUUUGAAAAGGAAGAAGCUCUUGCUGAGCGGGACAGAGCAAUCCAGGAGCGGGAUGCAGCAAUUGCUGAACACAAACUUAUAUUGGAAAGCUAUGAUGCUCUUAAUGCUUUGUACUUCAGAGAAUGCUCUAUGAGUGAUGAUAAGUCAAUCACAGUUUCGCUAGGAAAUGGAAUCUCUCCUGCACCAAAACAUGGGCACCAUCACUUGUCUGAAGCUGCAUUAUCUACUAGGAAUGUUCCUCUAAGUGAUGCAUUAUCAACUUCUGCUGUAGCUACUGGGGUCACCAAGUCUUUCAGAAAGGGCAGGAGAGGUGCCAUAGAUGCAAGAAAGCAGGUUACUACCUCCACAUCAAGUGGAUGGAAAGACGAGCAUGAUUUUGGUGGCAAUGGGAUAGACAGUCAGCUUGAUAUGUCAGAGCUUGAGUGGGAAACUAAAUCGGAUUUGAACAAGUUCAAUUUUGAUGAGUCCACAAUGCCAGCGCCGGUUUGCUCUUGCACUGGAGAAGUUCAGCAAUGCUAUAAGUGGGGAAAUGGUGGAUGGCAAUCAGCAUGCUGCACAACCAAGAUGUCGAUGUAUCCACUGCCCCAUGUGCCCAAUAAGCGCCGCGCCCGUGUAGGAGGCCGGAAGAUGAGUGGUAGUGUCUUUUCUAAACUACUUUGUCGGCUUAUUGAUGAUGGUCAUGACUUGUCUGCUCCAGUAGACCUUAAGAAUCACUGGGGCAAGCACGGGACUAAUCGCUAUAGUACCAUCAAGUAGCCUGUAAAUGUAGGAUUUGCCGACUUGAUAAAGGAUGGAAGAAGAAUUAUAGUAACAAGGUCAGUGCCCAAAUUUUUUGUUAGGGAAAUGGGCAAAACAGAGAUGAUAUGCUAAUCAUUCAUAGUUAUGUCUAGUAGGCUAUUCUAUAGGAAGCUUUGCUGUUAUAAAUCUUACUUUUGUUUGCUUAUACAUUUUUUUCUUACCGUGAAAAAAAGAAAGCCGAAAGGAAAUUCACCUGAGGGCAGGCAGUUCUCAAAUUUUUUUAUGGAGCAGUGAUCGAGUAGUAUUAUCUGUCAUGAAAAAAAAAAA